GUACAGCCCAACUGUGUUAUGGUGACAAGCCUGGCCAUAGUAAAGAAGCGACUGUGCUGUGUUUUACAGGAUCCCCCUGGCGUGCAGCUGUAUGUGUCUGUGAAGGUGGUGGUGCUCAACGGCAUUCGCCUCAACAAGUACAGGUGUCAGCGGGGCAGCAACUCCCUGGAGGGUUUGCACUCACACCUGUACAACGCCAUUCCCUCGCAGAGAUGCGGAAUUAUGCAGUUCCAAGUAUAUCUGAUUGCGUUUGCGGUGCAGUGGAACAACCGGAUGGAGUCCCUCAGGGUUGCAGGUGGACACGGCCGGCAGACCUGGUGCAUGGACCCGCGGCAGAUUCAACGCAUCAAUCAGCAGGCUGAGGUGCUGUUUGGUAGAGAGCAUGUCCUCGAAUCCAACUUUGUUGCUCCGAUGCCCUACCCUGCUGAGUACAAAGACCCAGACGAGGAAGAGCUUCUUGGGGUGGAGUACGCCAUGUGUCAGUCGACCAGCUUUGCUGCAAAAGAUUACUACGCCCAGCAAGUUGAAGAAGAGCAGAGCCGUUACGAAGAGGAGACGGCUGAACAGAGCGAUGAAGAGGAGGAGCUGGCAGAUGAAGGCGUGGACGUGCGCGGAGAGUCAGAGGAGGAUCCGAUGGACGCCGUCAGUGGGAAACACGCCAUCCUCACUCGGUCAGAGCAGGUGGAGGAAGAGGACAGCCCUGCCCUGCAGGAUGUCCUCAUGACUCAGAGCCACCUGCAGCUUCCUGGGCUGCAGGAAGUGGAAGACUUGGCCUUGCUCCUUCUCCAGCUGGCCGAUGACACAGACCGUCACCUGGUGCCGGCCGACCUCAGGGUGAAGAUUGCCUCCACGGUCGGUGCUUUGCAUGAGCACGACAGGUCAGCUGUCAACUUUGUAAAACAAUACGAGUCUCGCUGGGGCUACACCCUGUUCGGCCGAUGCCUGGGAGCCGACACACCUGAGACCACAGCGGCCCAAAAGACAAAGUUUUCUCGGAUGAGGUACCCUCAGGCGGCACGUGUUACUGAAAACAGCCGUCUGUUGUACCUCAUCAUUAAGAUGCUCAAGAACCGGCCGCCGGCCUGUCGUCUCACCUCCCCCACCAAGAUUACCGCAGCGAUCAAAGGGCAGUACAAACGCAUUGUAGACCGAGUCGGAGACGACGCCAUCCUCAACAGUCUCUCCAUUCCUUUACCCAACUUGAACUCAAAAUCCAUCUCCACCUUCAUUGCACGGGAGGAGAAGAAGGCUAACUUCAGGGCGACUGUCAUCCCUAAGGUGAAGCUCCACCGCAGAGUGCUGUCUGACGCACCAAUGCCAGCUGCUCCAACGCUCCCGGCUUCCCUGCCAGCUCCAAGCCGACCUCAGGUCCAGUACCUGAGCCUUCCUCAUGUGUCUGGGGAAAGGCAUGGCCAGAAGCAGAGGUUAGGAGAACCACAGUGGAACAUCCAGCCCAAACCCCCGGUGGCCACUUACAUCCCCCCCAGAUUGUCUGCAGCCCCGGUCCUGCUCGUGGUUCCUGCUCAGCCACAGCCGCCGUCUAUGAUGCUCUGCGGAACCUUCAGCGGCCAGAACUUCGUACCUUCAGCUCCACCUCCUGCGCCGACAGCCAGGCCAACCAAGCCUCAUAAAUCCUUGAGGCCUUGCGGGGCCUGCAAAAUACCCCAGUGUGGUGGACAGAAGAAGCGAUACACACCCUCCAAAAACAAAACUGCUGGAAGUAGCCAAAAAAUAUUUACCUUUUGCCCAGCAACUAGGAGAUCCACCACUUCUGGUUUUGAAGGCAUUGUUUACGACAGCUUUGAGCAUUUCAAGAAGUUUGUAGACAGUGAACUUGAAAAGAAACAAACAAACUAAAGAGUUUGUGUUUUGGUGGGGAGACUAUAUUGGCCAGAAAU